AUGGGCUCGACCAAGGAUGAACUCGUAGAAGAGUACCUUGAGAAUAUGGCCGCGUACAAACUGGAAGCUGAAGAAGCCGGACGUGAUUGGAGCGAAGGGUUUAUUUGCCUUUCACAAGCCAAACUUGAUCGACCCAUUGGUCAACACAAUUACGAUAUGAACAUGAAACCAACCAUCACAGUAGCCAACGGUAAGCUACAGUUCUCGAAGGAUUUUGAUCCUCUGGCAAUGUUCGGGGGCGCGUUUAGCCCUCAAUCAUUGAAAAAAGCACAACAGGCGUUCCAAAAAGCGCUUGAAAAUGCCGUUACAUGUCACAACUCACUACAAGCCAUACGCAGAGUGGAAACCGCCCUGAAAGACUUGGACUAA